AACGAGACCGGUGCAAUGAUCCAUUGUUCGGCUCAGGGCAGCCCGCUGCCAAGGAUUGAUUGGCUUAUGGGAGACGGCUCACCGGUCCUACCUAUACCACACAUACGUGAGAUGCUGGUGAACGGUUCGAUGUACUUCUUGCCGUUCGGAGCGGAGGCCUACCGACACGACGUCCAUUCCGCCGUUUACAGAUGUCAAGCGUCGAACAGCGUCGGCAGGGUGUUGGGCCGUGAAAUCACGGUAAAGGCCGUGGUGCAUCAGAAGUACGAGAUUCAAGUGAGGGACGCCUACGUUCAACCGGGGAAUACCGGUGUGCUGAGGUGCGAAAUACCGACGUUCGUUAAGGGGUACGUGGCAGUCACGUCCUGGGUUCGAGAUUCCGCUUACAACAUCUUCCCAACGCCNNUUUCAGAUGACAGACAUCACAUGCUGCCUACUGGCGAGCUUCUCGUUUUCUCGGUGACCACGUCCGACGACCAGUCCAGUUAUCGAUGCCGGACCGUCCACCGUGUCACUGGUGACACCGUGGAAAGUUCCUCGUACGCCAGGCUCGUGGUGACCGACCCUCACGGCCCAGUUCCGCCGAGGUUCAACGAACGAGUGAGUCCGGCACCGAUACGCACAGGAGAGACGAUCGUCCUGUCCUGCAUAUCCCAGGGUUUUCCACCGCCUAUGUAUCUAUGGUUUCGCGAGUCUGUGACGGGCACGGCGAUGAUCUUCAAUUCAGAAAGGAUCUACGCCAGGGCUGGCGUGCUGGUGUUACAAUCGGCCAGGGCGGAAGACGCGGGGCGAUACGUCUGUCACGCCAACAAUACGGCCGGUUCCGAGAUGGUCGAAUUGGAGGUCUCCAUUAUAAGCAGCCUCUCCAUCCACCUGGUGCCUCAACAGGUUACCGUCGACCUAGGCAAGGAUGCGGAGUUUCAGUGUUCUGUCACCGGACAACCGGUUCCAGUGAUCUUCUGGACGAAGGAUGGACUUCCUGUCAGAGAAGGGGCUUCUGGUAGGAGCAAGAUCACUGGAAACGACGGGUCCACGUUGCACGUUACCUCUGUGGUGAGGGACGACAAGGGGAUGUAUCAGUGUUUCGCGAAGAACGACUACGAGAUGGUCCAGGCGACCGCAGAGCUACGUCUAGGGGACGCAGCGCCGCAGCUUCUGUACAAAUUCAUCGAACAGACCAUCCAACCGGGUCCUUCGGUGUCGUUGAAGUGCAUCGCAACAGGAAAUCCAACGCCACACUUCUCCUGGACCCUGGACGGUUUUCCUCUUCCGCAGAACGACAGGUUUAUGAUAGGACAGUAUGUGACGGUGCACGGUGACGUAAUAUCGCACGUGAACAUCAGCGUGGUGCACGUGGAGGACGGCGGGGAGUAUCGUUGCACAGCAUCGAAUCGGAUGGCGAAGGUUCACCAUUCCGCCCGUCUCAACAUUUACGGUCUGCCCCAUGUACGACCGAUGGGGAACUAUGCCGCAGUAGCUGGCGAAACCACCGUCAUCAAAUGUCCGGUCGCUGGUUUCCCAAUCGCGAGCAUCACAUGGGAGAAAGACGGAAAAGUGCUGCCGACGAGUCGGCGUCAGGAGGUGUUCCCAAACGGCACGCUGGUGCUGCAUCACGUCGACAGGAGUACCGAUCACGGUGCAUACACUUGCACCGCGAAGAACAAACAAGGCCGCUCCGACUCCCAGACGGUUCACAUCGAAGUGAAAGUUCCACCUACGAUAGCUCCCUUUAGCUUUAACAAGGAUCUGUCGGAGGGCGUGCGUGCUCAGGUAACUUGCAUGGUCGAGAAGGGCGAUCCUCCGUUCACGAUCGCCUGGUCCAAGGACGGCGAGCCGAUCGCCGGGCCCAGUACAGCUGGCUUCGGGAACACCGGGAUAACCGGUCCCAGACACACGCAGACACCCGCCGGGCUACGCGUAACCAACAUUGACGCCCAUUCCAGUACCAUAGUUAUCGAGCGCGUGAGCGCAGCGCACACCGGCAACUAUACUUGCCUGGCGCGCAAUUCGGUGGCCGAGGUCCUCUGGACGGCCGAGUUGAUCGUUCGUGUGCCGCCCCGUUGGGUGAUGGAGCCCCAAGAUGUCCGCGCUUCCGAGGGGAUGCCGAGGCUGGUGCUUCAUUGCCACGCGGAUGGGUUUCCGCCGCCGGCGGUCUCGUGGCGACGUGCUAGCGGCAAUAAACCGGGGAAUUAUCGCGAUAUCGUCACGCACGAACACACGCAAGAUUUAAGGAUACACUCGAACGGAUCGUUGGUGUUUGGAAGGGUGCAGGAGGACCAUGAGGGAUUUUACUUGUGCGAGGCGGUGAACGGAAUCGGAGCUGGACUUAGCAAAGUCGUACAUCUGACUGUGAACGUGCCCGCACACUUCGUGGAGAAACAUCGUAACCAAACAGCGAGGCUAGGUUCAAGCGCGUCUCUGCGUUGCGAGGCGAAAGGCGAUCAUCCCUUAAAAAUACUGUGGAAGAAGGCUGGCGCGCACCUUGAACAGAAGCUGUCCGACUAUCGGUACACGUUGAAGGAAGAGAACACCACCGACGGUAGUAUCAGCACGCUCGAGUUCAUCAGCACAAGCCGAGAGGACAGCGGCAGAUAUUUCUGCAUCGCUUCGAACGCCUACGGCCGCGACGAAAUGACGAUCCACCUGUAUAUACAAGAGCCGCCCGAUUUCCCGCGGAAUCUUCACGUGAUCGAGAAAGGAAGCAGAUAUAUCAAUAUCAGCUGGACGACCAGCCAAGACGGUAACAGCCCUAUCACGCAGUAUAUCAUCGAGUACAAGACAGACACCGAAGUAUGGCACGACCACACGUUCCACACGACAGUACCAGGCACCCAGGCUCACGCUCACGUGAGCGGUUUACGUCCAGCUGUCUCCUAUCAGUUCCGAAUAUACGCGGAGAAUGAAUUAGGCCGGAGUCAGGCAAGCGACAUUUUGGAAACGACGACAGAAGGGGAGAAACCUGGUGGCCCGCCGAGAAAUCUCAAGGUAGAUCCUGUCAGCUCGACCGAGUUUAACGUCACCUGGGAUCCACCUGAUCAUGAUUUAUGGAACGGCGAGAUACUCGGUUAUCACGUCGGCUACAAGGAACAUCGAUUGGCGGCGGAUCAGUACACCUACAGAACCGUGGAGAGGCGAAUUUCAACGGCCAGCGUUGCUCUAGGACUGGCAAGAACAUCGAUGCCAGGCAGACAGUAUCAGCUCGCGAAUCUGAAGAAGUUCACACGGUACAGCGUGGUCGUGCAAGCGUACAACGCGCUUGGCCAAGGUCCGAUGACACCGGAAGUAGUCGCUACCACCCUCGAAGACGUGCCGAGCAGCCCUCCGCAAGACAUCCGGUGCGCCGCGUUGUCCUCGCAAUCACUGCAAGUCUCCUGGGACUCGCCGCCCGAUUCCAGUCUGAACGGUGUCUUGAAAAACUACAAGGUCAUAUGGGAGAACAUGGACGCUCUGACCGAGUCGCCUAAAUCGGAAAUGAAGACCACCAGUGCCUUGACUGUCGUAAUUCACGGCCUCGACAAGUACACCAACUACUCUGUCCAAGUGUUGGCGAUGACCAGAGCCGGAGACGGUGUUGCCUCGUCACCUUUGUACUGCGUCACCAUGGAAGAUCUGCCGGAGGUACCAGCGGGCGUGAAGGCGGUCGUCAGGUCGGCAACGUCAAUUAUCGUGUCGUGGCACCCGCCGCUCAAGAGCAACGGAAACAUCACCUCGUACAACGUUCAUAUCCGCUGGGUCGGCCCCGAGGGAAAAUGGUACACGCGAGCGUUGCCGCCUUAUCAGACCAGCUAUCAGGCGGAGAGCUUGCACAAGAAAAAUCAGUACGAGUUUAGUAUCGCGGCGGUCACCUCGGUUGGCGAGGGUCCACAGACUCAGCCUAUCACUGUCUCACCUUCUAGCGAGGUUCGAGCAGCGAUAUACUCGUUCGGCGCGGUACUAGUCGUCCCAUGGAAACAGAACGUGACAUUACCAUGUCAGAGCGUUGGCAACCCCGAAGCGUCAGUCACAUGGAAACAAUGGGGCCAGGUGGUGAAAGCAUCCAGUAGGGUGUCUCUGCUACCGGAAGGCUCGCUGCAGAUCACGGAUCUUCACCGAGAGGACAGCGGAAAUUACACGUGCUACGUGAAGAAUCGCCAUGGAUCCGAUCAGAUCACGCAUCGUUUAACCGUGCAAGUUCCACCGGCGGCACCGUUGCUUCACGCAACAAGCGCGACCAGUAAUUCGAUCAACGUCCAAUGGAAGAACGGGGACGACGGUGGUGCACCGAUCAGAGGUUACAUCCUUCAUUAUAAACGCGAAUCGGGCGAAUGGGAGGAGGUGAAAGUCUCCCAUAAGAUCAACAGUUUCGUGUUGUCGCGGCUGUGGUGUGGGAACGACUAUCAGAUGUAUCUGACGGCGUACAAUCGGAUCGGUAUGGGUUCACCCAGCGAGAUCGUGAAAGCGACGACGAAAGGAUCGAAGCCGGACGACACUCCUAGCAACGGUGAUAAAUUCGUAACGGUGAACGUUUCCUGGAUCACUCUUCAUCUGAGCAUGUGGAACGACGGUGGUUGUCCUAUCACGUACUUCGAGCUCGAGUACAGGAAGAACGGUGAAGACAUUUGGACGUUGGUAUCGAAUAACAUCGAGGUACAAAAGACGUACACGCUCAGCGAGUUGCAAUCUGGAACGACCUACGACAUCCGAAUAAGGGCGCACAAUAACGCCGGUUUCUCGGUCGCUGAGUAUAGGAUAACGACUCAGCAACCUCACACCAGCAGCACAGUGCCAGCUGUCGAGAUCGAUCACUACAUUCCUCAGCACACGUCCGUUUACUCGGAUUUAAAGCUGAUUAUCCCGCUGAUACUAAGCUCGAUGGCGAUUAUCGCCGCCGCCGGUGCUGUGUUCUAUUGUUUCCGGAAACGUCCAUUUAUAGGGGAGAUCGCGAGUUUGCACGACGCCCAGACUGCCGCCGCCUUAGACAAUAAGCAGAACAUGGAGCAACGUGAACAGUAUUACGCGACCGUGAGGAAACCGCUACGAUCGCCUAUACACGAGAUGGCUACCUUGGAAAAAAUUCCAGAAUACUCGGAGGACAUCUAUCCGUACGCGACCUUCCAGCUGGAGGAGAGCGUGCCACCGGGAGGUGAUAGCCGAUGUAAUUCCGCAGCGCCACUUCAGACCUUCGUCUAUCACGAUCCUCGUCUGUCCACCGCCGACACUCUUCAAUUACGAGAGUCGGAUUGCAACCGGUACACUAAGGUGCGCGGAGGCCGUUCGUCCUCUGCGCCGUUGCACAAAACGCACAAGGUCAGUCAGGGCAAGUCCGAGUCGGAGGAAUACGACACCCUGGGCUCGGAUAGCGACACGGAAGUCGGGACCAGCAGCCGAACCGAGUCUUCCAAUCACCUCGUCGAUUCGCACCACUCGGUGUCUGCGGCCGACUCGCGUGUCCACAACUUCCUGUACCAUGGACCAGAAUCUAGCACGUCUACAGAACCCUCACCGAUUUUUGAGAGAAAAUCGUUUCCUGGAAGGGGAAGAUCCAAGAUGUUACAGCUGGCGCGUCAUACCAGCGAGGAGACCCGUUCCAACUUCGGCCCAAUCUCCGGGCUUGGCAAUUCCAAGCACCAGUCGAGCAAUUCCUGUUCCAAUCGGGACCAGGAGCGUGACGGAUCAGGGAACCUGUUCGUCCCCAAGCUGGACCCACCCACGGGCUUCUCCGACGCGUUUGAGCUAAGCGAGGCGGAAUGCGACCUCGAUCGCGGCCACAGUAGCCAACGAAACGUCCGUGACUUCGUAAUCGCGGUGUAAAUAAAUUUGAGAAAAUGCUGGAAAAUUAUGUAGAACCUUUACGGUGAACUUCCACGAUGCUGUGCGAAAA